ACAAACCACCGGCUGGCCUUGGAUAGCCUGUUUACUGCCGGGUUCAACUCCUCUUCAUCCGAACGCCAGCCCAGCCUGCACCUUAAUUACACACACCCGCCGCCCCUCCUGGCAUGUUGCAGUCUCAGUCUUGUCUCCACCCAUUGCAAAUUGCUCUUCUUGCUUUGCUUAUCCCACGCGUCUCGAGUGCGACCUUGCUUUGCGCCAGAUUUUGUCCUCGUCCGCUGUCAACUUCGUCCUAAGAAUCCUCUUGACCAGUUAGGGGCUCGUGGCUCCCUGCCCUCAGUAUGGAGAACGAUCACAUGAUCCAGUCGAAGACGUCGUCACGAACUCGAAUCCCAACAGUCGGCCUGAAAGAAAUGAAUCCGGCUUCAACAAACGCCCGCUCGGGGCUCGUGCAACCCGGUACUAUCGCUGGCGCAGUGACAAGUAAGACUUCGGGCCUGGCGCAGCCGGGCCGUCCACGAAGCACAACCCAGUCCGCUGCAGCGCCUUCAACAUCCCGUAUCGCCAGCAGCACAGUAAAGACGCACGGCCGUGCGAACACUUACAGCUCCAAUACCCUUGGCCGCUCCGCAUCUACUGUCUCAAGAACAAAAUCGACCGUCUCAUCUUCCGCCGGACCCACCGCACGACCGCACACGAGUAUGUCACGAUCACACACGGUUACCAAUUCCCGGAGACCAAUGGCCAAUGCCAUCCCCCGCGCAGCCACGGCAAUGGGCUCUCGUGAACAAGAGGACUCGGAGGGUACCAUACUUGGAAAACGUAAGGGUAGGCGCGAGUUUGACUGCUUUUCAUCCCCUGCUACCGUACCCCAGGCCACAAGGAAUCUCCCAAGCAAUGAGACUUCCCGGACCUGGUCUUGGACUCAGCGUGUGGACUCACCAUGCUCGCCUUUGGACAGACCGGCUUUGGUUCCUGGCCCCAUUGAUCCCUCGGCUUCUAAACUCCCUCUUGCGCAUCAUGCUUCUAUGAGUCAAUUGCGUUAUCAUGCCCUGUCUUCUAGAUCUCCCUUCACUACUCCCGUCAGACCACCUCCAUCUACCCCACUUCUGUCCAUUACUCGCUCUUCCCGAAAGCCUCCUCGUUUACCACAGUUUCUUACCAAAGAUUCAAGGAUCAAGUCUUUUAACUAUUCUAUAGGUGGCGAUUGGGACCUGGAUCUCCGAGAAAAGCGAAUGUAUGACCUUGUGCGAAGCAUGGAAGAACGUGUCAGUCAACAGGGACAGUCGAGCACAGCGCUGAAAGAUGCAGUGGAUUUAUACAAGUCUAGAGUGAGUGAACUAGAGGCAUCGUCGAAAGAACUUACAGAAACAAAUGUUACCCUGCGUAUCGAAAUGGGUUCGAUGGAAAAUCGACUUGCUGGUGCGGAGAAAGCACUCAAAGACGCACAUAGAGACCAUGAAUUGAUCGUCGACGACAUCAACGCCCGCCGACGUAUGGAAUUGGAGACAGUACGGUUAGAGGGCAGAAGAGAGAUGGAGACAAUGCACUCGCGGUACCAAGAGGAGAUUCAGGAACUCAAACGGCGCUUUGAGAACGAGAUGGAAGAAGAACGAGCUGCGCGGAUGCGCGAACUCAGUCAGAUCACUUCGCAAUCUGCACUUGACACACAGCGCACGCAUGCCGAACUUGACAAGAAGGAACGAGAAAUCGCCACCUUGCAACACGACAUACACGCACUGAAAGCCGAUUUGGAGCGUGAACGCAAGGCCAACCGAGACCUGAGGCACAAUCUGGAUGCAGCCAGCACCAACACUGUAACUAUGGAGUCAUCCGUGCGUGCGUUGAAAGCCCGCAUCGAGUUCCUGGAGUCCGGUCGCGAAGAGCAGUCCCAGGCUUUUGAGCGUCUAAACCAACAAAUGAUGGACGCGCUGGCUGAAACGAAUGCCACAAAGGAAAAGCUCCGCAAGGAAGAGACGUUAAGAAGGAAGCUUCACAACCAGGUACAAGAGCUCAAAGGCAAUAUUCGAGUCUUCUGCCGAGUCCGCCCCUCGCUGCCCUCGGAUCCUGUGAAUCAAGUCGCUCAGAUUCAGUUCCCGGAUGACGCCGAGGAUUGCAAAGAGAUAGCAGUGCUGGGCCCGGAGGAGAAGAGCAGCCUUGGAGCAAUCUCGAGGAAGAACAGCAAUUUCUCAUUCGAUCGUGUAUUUGGGCCGUCUACCCAGAACGCGGAGGUCUUCGAUGAAAUCAGCCAGCUGGUGCAGAGUGCUCUAGAUGGAUACAAUGUGUGCAUCUUCUGCUACGGCCAGACCGGCAGUGGUAAAACCUAUACCAUGUCAUCUCUUGACGGUAUGAUUCCUCGGGCCGUGCACCAGAUUUAUGAGACGGCCACUGGCCUCGAGGAGAAAGGCUGGAGGUACACGAUGGAAGGUAAUUUCGUGGAGGUGUACAACGAGAACCUCAACGACUUGCUGGGCAACCCCGACGACCUGGAUAGAAAGAAGCUCGAAAUCCGCCAUGAUAUGCAGAGGGGCAAGACCAUCAUAACCGAUGCUACCACUGUCCGCCUAGAGUCGCCUGAGAUGGUUGAGACCAUCCUCAAGAGGGCCGCCUCCAACCGCUCCGUUGCAGCAACCAAAGCCAACGAGAGGUCUUCUCGGUCUCACUCGGUCUUUAUUCUCAAGCUCAUCGGUGAGAACGAUAUUACGGGUGAGCGCAGCGAGGGCACCCUUAACCUCGUCGAUCUCGCUGGAAGUGAGCGCCUCAGCCACAGUGGUGCUACUGGCGAGCGGUUGCGCGAGACACAGAGCAUCAACCGCAGUUUGAGCUGCUUGGGCGAUGUGAUCGCUGCUCUGGGACAGGGCAAGGAGGGUGGACAUAUUCCCUACCGCAACAGCAAGCUAACCUACCUCCUCCAAUUUUCCCUCGGCGGCAACUCGAAGACCCUGAUGUUUGUCAUGGUCAGCCCGCUGCAAGCCCAUCUGUCCGAGACCUUGACCAGUCUCAAAUUCGCUACGAAAGUACAUAAUACGCACAUCGGGACAGCGAAGCGGCAGGCGCGGAUUCGCGAGUGCUGACUGCGGGCAAUUUUUGUGGAUUGAAUGAUACCUUUUGAGUUCCUUUCUGUUUGUCUGUUGUGCUUUUACAAUGUGGGAUGUUGGCCUUCAUGAACCAGGCCUUGGCAGCGGAGUCUUGGAGUAUGCUUUCUUAUGUGAAUAGGGUAAUGGACAAUAUCAGCCUUCUUGCUGUUCAACGGUCGGAGAAUUCACUGUUUGUUUGUGUAUAAUGUGUUGUUCUGUAGUUCGGCCUUUGCGGGCUUAUAGUAUCCAGUAUAUAUUCAACC